GGGCGGGCAUUAAGACCUUCCCGGUGUCUCUCUUCCUCCGGCCGUAAGGAGGUGUGGUUUAGGGGCAGUUGUAGUAGAGUCUCCGGAAAGUAGUUUCCUCUUUUACACAGUGAGGUCCAGCUACUGACCUCCCACUGAGUGCACGCGGCUUUCAGCUUCUUCUUCUUCGGCUUCUUUGUCAGAGCUGUCUUUCGAGCAAACACGAAUUCAUUCGAGCCCAGAGUCUCCAGAAUAUACGGUCUUAGCAAGGUCAUAGACCCUGCAUUGGAGAACUCCUCUGUGUGGUGUGUGUGUGUGAAGCUUCAUCAUGGUUCUGUCUGUGCUGCAAGGCUUUGGGAAAAAGCUGCUGCGUGUGAAGGCAGUGGAUUGCAGCACUGAGGAGUCACGCCUGUCGCGAUGUCUCAACACGUUUGACCUGGUGGCACUGGGUGUGGGCAGCACACUCGGCGCUGGCGUGUAUGUGCUGGCAGGUGCCGUAGCGCGGGAGAAUGCCGGUCCUGCCAUUGUGCUCUCAUUCCUGAUCGCCGCUCUGGCCUCAGUCAUGGCGGGUCUGUGUUAUGCCGAGUUUGGAGCACGGGUGCCCAGGACAGGCUCGGCGUAUCUGUACAGCUACGUGACAGUGGGAGAGUUGUGGGCCUUCAUUACCGGCUGGAACCUCAUCCUGUCAUACAUCAUAGGGACUUCCAGUGUAGCUCGGGCCUGGAGCGCCACAUUCGAUGAGCUCAUAGGGAAACAAAUCGAGAUGUUCUGCAGGCACCACAUGAGCAUAAACGUGCCUGGGGUUUUAGCCGAGUACCCAGACAUAUUCUCUGUGCUCAUCAUCCUCAUUCUAACUGUGUUGCUGGCAUUUGGAGUGAAGGAGUCUGCUAUGGUGAAUAAAGUGUUCACCUGUGUCAACGUGCUGGUGCUGCUGUUUGUCGUGAUCGCGGGUCUGAUCAAAGGAUCCCUCAAAAACUGGAACCUGAAUCCAGAAGAGAUCCUUAACAAAAGCUUGAGUGGAAAUGGAUCGGAGCCAUUGCCUUCACCCGACAGUCUGGGAGAGGGAGGCUUUAUGCCAUUUGGAAUCACCGGAGUUCUCUCAGGCGCUGCUACAUGCUUUUAUGCUUUUGUGGGGUUUGACUGCAUCGCCACCACAGGAGAGGAGGUGAAGAACCCACAGAGGGCCAUUCCUAUUGGCAUUGUGGCCUCACUGCUCAUCUGCUUCGUGGCCUAUUUCGGCGUAUCUGCAGCUCUUACUGUGAUGAUGCCCUAUUACUUGUUGGAUAAAAACAGCCCGCUGCCCGUGGCCUUUAAAUACGUGGGUUGGGACGGAGCUACGUACGCUGUGGCGGUCGGAUCACUGUGUGCCCUCUCCACCAGUUUGCUGGGCUCCAUGUUUCCACUGCCGCGCAUUAUCUUUUCCAUGGCGUGCGACGGCCUGCUCUUCUCCUUCCUGUCUCGCCUCAGUGAGCGGAAGACGCCCAUUGUCUCCACCAUGGUGGCAGGGCUCUUGUCCGCUGUGAUGGCUUUCCUGUUUGACCUAAAGGAUUUGGUGGAUCUCAUGUCCAUUGGGACACUGCUGGCGUACACCCUAGUGGCCGCCUGUGUCUUGGUUUUGAGGUACCAGCCGGAGCAGCCCAGUGUGAUUGUGCAGUAUCAGAUCGCCGGGUCUCAGGAGGAUGCCGAGCCUGACUCCAUUAGUGAGGGCAGUUCAAAUUACCUGACUAAAGCUCAGGACGACUGCACGCUCCGCAACCUGCUUUUCCCUAAAAACACAGAGCCCUCACGGCUGUCUGGCUUUACUGUCAACAUCUGCACCAGUGUAAUAGGUGUGCUGGUGUGUGUUUUCUGUAUUGUAGCAGUACAGGGUGAGUUUCAGGUCUGGUCUCUAGCUAUGCUGGGAGUCCUACUUGGAGUAUGUCUCCUCUUCACUCUGUUAAUUUGGAGGCAACCUGAGAGCAAAACCAAGCUAUCCUUUAAGGUUCCUCUUCUCCCCUUCCUGCCUGUGCUGAGUAUGUUCAUCAAUGUCUACCUGAUGAUGCAGCUGGACAAAGGCACCUGGCUGCGUUUUGCCAUCUGGAUGGCGAUCGGCUUCGUCAUCUACUUUGGCUACGGGAUCAGAAACAGCACAGAGGCUACACUAGCCAGUAAUGGCACAGAAGAUGAUAACUCCUUUGUUACAGGCAAACCAAUAUGUAAAAUAAAUGGACCUCCUACCCCAGAGAAAGAGGCCUUUCUCUCCCAUUGUGUUAAUGCCGAUGACAAUGAGGAGGAGGAGGAGGAGGAGGACAGUGACACUUAAGGAUGCUCUAAUGCCUUCUGAUCUUUGUGUUGUAGAGAAAUGAAAAGGAAAAUGUGCAGCCUAAUACAGACUUGUCAUUUUGCGAUGCCAGGUUUAGAGCAUCCGUGGCAUAAAUGCCCUAUUGGUCAUGUUGGAGUUUUACUGUUAUCAGUACUGAUGACUGUGAUCAUUUUAGACAUGGGUGUGUCAUAUAGUCUAGAAUUCUUUAUCAGUACUCAUGAGUGCAGAAGUACUGGGUGCUAUUUUGUCUGCCAAAUAACUUGGUUUUAAAUAAUGUUGCCAAAUUGUUUGUCUUGAGUAAGUCCUAACAUUUUGAAUCAUGUAUAUUGCUGAACGUUGUUUAUGAGCAGAGGAUAUGUAUUGUAUGUAUUGCUCUGUCCUAGGUGUAUAUAUGGGAUUGCACUAUCAGAAAAGCCAUUACUGGUUAUUACAACACCAAUUUUUUGUUUUUUCAUUAGCGUUAAGUAUGAUUUUACACAUCUUUGUAAGGGAAUGUCUCUUCAUUACACCUCCAGUAGGUGUGCCAUGGAUUUAAACAUGGAGCUCUUCUCAUCAGGUCAGACUUCUUUUCCUGAGGGAGAAUGGAGAUGAUUUUUUUGCGGUUUGCUCCUGUCCAUGGAAAUCCAGGGAGGUUUUUAAAUGACUAGCAUUAUAAGAAAGAGGCGGUAAAGAAAAUAGAAAUUGAGAAAAUGUAGGAAAAUGUGCAUUAAUUGAUCAUUUUAGUGAAAGUUAGGGUUAUAGCGUGGUAUUUUUCUGUAAUAUAUAAGGUUAAUGAUGGGUAAGAAUUGCAGUGCCUUGCUAUAGGUCAUUUGUUUGUAAAGGUCUAAUGUUUGUGUGUGCAUUUUCUUUUUUUGUGUUAUGAUGUGAAUUUUGGUUUGGGGAUUGAUGUAUUAUUUAUGCUGCAUUCUACAUUUACAUUUGAGCCACCUUCUUGUUCUGUGUAUUCUGGCAAUCUUUGUAGGAAAACAUGCACAUCAAGCUAUCUCCUAAAUGUCUCAUUAUUACAUGAAACUUUGUGUGUGUGUUUGUCGCCUUUGAUUGUGCGUAACACUAAGAAACACUAUGAAAGAAAAUCCCUACACUUUCAGGACAAAGUUUUACUCUAGAAGCUUGUAAGGUUUUUUGUUUUGUCCCCUCUGGGGGGAACCUUUAACAGUUCUGCAUCAGUGUUUCUAAUUAAACAUGUUCUGUGGAUCUCUUCAUGACAUCAAGGACCCUUUGAAUGUAAGCAAAACAAAGUUUGUGAUAAUUGUAUAUUUGCAAAAUGUAUAUAAUUACUGUUUGUUAUAAUAAAGCCAGCUGUACAUAUGAUGUAUAUAUUUUAUUGUCGCCUAAUAAAUUAUUUACUUCUUUGUAAAA